AUGCCAUCAUCAGACGAAUAUGAUUGCUCCAUUGCGGAGCUCAAACUCCUCAUGGAGCUUCGAGGAGCCGAGGCGUUGGAGAAAAUAAACAGCACAUACAACGGUGUAGAGGGACUGUGUCAAAAGUUGAAAACAGAUCCGAUCAAUGGUCUGCCGAACGAUUCGAAAGAAUUACAAAAUCGGAGAAAUGCGUUUGGAAAGAAUGAAAUCCCACCAGCACCAUCAAAGUCCUUCUGGCGGUUAGCUUGGGAAGCUUUACAGGAUAUCACAUUGGUCAUUUUAUUGGUUGCGGCGUUGGUCUCAUUGGGCCUCUCCUUUUAUAAACCACCAGCUGAGCAUGCCAGCAACGACUCAUCAGAAUCGGAAGCGGGUUGGAUUGAAGGAGUGGCCAUUCUUGUAGCCGUUCUUGUAGUAGUCCUCGUCACAGCACUCAACGAUUGGACCAAAGAAAAACAAUUCAGAGGUCUCCAAUCAAAGAUCGAAACUGAGCACAAGUUCUCAGUUAUCCGAAAUGGUGAGCCCUUGGAUAUCGUAGUCAAUGAGCUUGUCGUCGGAGACAUUGCUCGUGUCAAAUACGGAGAUCUUCUACCAGCAGACGGAAUUCUGAUCCAAUCCAACGAUCUUAAAAUCGACGAAUCCUCUCUCACAGGAGAAUCAGAUUUGAUCAGAAAAUCCGAAGAAUUCGAUCCAGUUCUCCUUUCCGGAACACACGCUAUGGAAGGAUCCGGAAGAUUCUUGGUAACAGCUGUCGGAUUAAACAGUCAGACUGGAAUCAUCAUGAGCUUGUUGGGAGCAGCCAAGGAGAAGAAGGAGGAUAAGAGAGAUGAACCAGCAACACUUACCAACGGAAACGGAGCAGUUCAUGGAAAUGGGUUGGCUAAUGGAAUCGAAAAGACAGCAGAGAUUGCAGCAGCACCCUCCGAUGAUGGAGAGGAUGUGGGACGAAUGACCAAGUCUGUACUUCAAUCCAAACUUUCUAACUUGGCUCUUCAAAUCGGAUAUAUCGGAUCAGUGGUUGCCGCUGCCACCGUAUUGAUUUUAGUGAUCAGACAUUGUAUCUCCAACUAUGCCAUUGAUGGAAAAUCCUUCCAAGCAAGUGACAUUUCCCACUUUGUCAACUUCAUCAUCAUCGGAGUCACCGUGUUAGUCAUUGCUGUUCCAGAGGGUCUUCCAUUGGCUAUCACCUUGGCUUUGACCUAUUCUGUUAAGAAGAUGAUGAAGGAUAAUAACUUGGUCCGUCACUUGGACGCUUGUGAGACAAUGGGAAAUGCCACGUCGAUUUGUUCGGAUAAGACUGGAACACUCACAACGAAUCGGAUGACUUGCGUUCAGCAGUUUAUCAAUAACGAGUUCUACAAAGGAAAUGCUCCAAAAUACGAGCAAAUGGACCCAUCGACCCGCGACUUGCUCUUCAACGGAAUCGUCUGCAACAGUGGAUACAACUCGACUGUCGUCCCACCAAAGAAUCCAGGAGAGCAGCGAGGACAAAUCGGAAAUAAGACAGAAUGCUCACUCCUUGGAUUCAUUUUGGAUUCAGGAAGAAGCUACGAGGACCUCAGAAGACAAUUCCCAGAGGAGAAGCUCUACAAGGUUUACACAUUCAACAGUUCCAGAAAAUCUAUGAUGACUGUGAUCGAGUUGGGAGAGAAGAAGUACCGUAUCUAUGCCAAAGGAGCCUCUGAGAUCAUCUUGACUCGAUGCAACUACAUUUUCGGCAAAUCUGGAAAAAUCGAACCAUUCGGACCAAAAGAGGCCGCUACUAUGACCAAGAAUGUUAUUGAACCUAUGGCUUCAGAUGGUCUCCGAACUAUUGGAUUGGCAUUCAAGGAUCUAGUACCAACUGGAACUAAGAAACACGAUUAUGAAGAGGAGUACGAUGGAGAAAUCGAUUGGGAAGAUGAGGAGAAGGUCAGAGAGGGACAAACAGUUAUUGCAGUGAUGGGAAUCCAGGAUCCAGUCAGACCAGAAGUGCCAGCAGCUAUUGCCAAGUGUCAAAAGGCUGGAAUUACAGUAAGAAUGGUCACAGGAGACAAUAUCAAUACAGCUCGUUCCAUUGCCACUCAAUGUGGAAUUAUGACCCCUGGAGGAGACUUCUUGGCUCUUGAAGGAAAAGAUUUCAAUGCUCGUAUCCGCGAUGCCGAUGGAAAGGUCAACCAACAGAAGUUGGAUGCAAUCUGGCCAAAGCUCAGAGUGUUGGCGAGAGCUCAACCAUCGGAUAAGUAUGUGUUGGUCAAGGGAAUUAUCGAUUCGACUGUCAGCAAGAACAGAGAAGUUGUGGCUGUUACUGGAGAUGGUACUAAUGAUGCACCAGCGUUGAAAAAGGCUGAUGUUGGAUUUGCUAUGGGAAUCGCCGGAACCGACGUUGCCAAGGAGGCAUCCGACAUCAUCCUCACCGAUGACAACUUCUCAUCCAUCGUCAAAGCCGUCAUGUGGGGAAGAAACGUCUACGACUCCAUCGCCAAAUUCCUUCAAUUCCAACUCACUGUCAACGUAGUAGCCGUCACCAUCGCCUUCAUCGGAGCAUGUGCCAUCAGUGACUCUCCACUCAAAGCUGUCCAAAUGCUCUGGGUAAAUCUUAUCAUGGACACUCUUGCCUCGCUUGCUCUGGCCACUGAAAUGCCAACUGAAGACCUCUUGAACCGUAAACCAUAUGGGCGUACCAAAUCGUUGAUUUCUCGUACUAUGGUUAAGAAUAUUGUUGGUCAUGCCAUCUACCAACUUGCUAUUCUCUUCGCUAUCAUGUUCUGGGGAGAUAAGCUGAUUCCAAAUACUCCAUCAGGAAGAAAUGCUCCAUUGGGAUCACCACCAAGUGCCCACUUCACAAUUAUCUUCAAUGCAUUUGUGCUAAUGACGCUGGUCAACGAAAUCAACGCCAGAAAGAUUCAUGGAGAGAGAAAUGUCUUCAAGGGAAUCUUCACCAACCCAAUCUUCUGUGUCAUCUGGAUCACCACAUUGAUCUCUCACAUCCUUAUCGUCCAAUUCGGAGGUCAAUGGUUCUCUACUGCUCCCUUGGACAUGACCCAAUGGAUCAUCUGCAUUGCCUGCGGAAUCGGAGAACUCUUCUGGGGACAGAUCAUCAAUUGCAUCCCAGCAUCAAUCCUUCCCAAAUCGUUCCGAUUCGGAAAAGGAGACGUGCAACCGACGUCUAUCAUGCUCUCUGGAGAGUACGAUAUGCCUAGCACCGCGUCGCAGCUUCCAAUGAAGGACGGACAAGUGGUGGAUGAUAAGCAACGGCCUGGACAGGUUCUCUGGUUGCUCGGAUUGACACGAUUGCAGACGCAGAUUCGCGUCGUGAAAGCCUUCCAAUCAGUCAACGACGACUCGCAUCCGAAUUCUUUGACGACGUCGACCGCCGAUCGUCUUCGUGCAUCUUACAGGCGAUUAAGGAUCGCCAGAGAGCUGGAACAACAGAAAAGGGCUGGUGGCCUACGAGCCGGUGGACAGGUAUAUUCUACGGAAACAAAUGCAAAGGAUACAUCCGGAAUAAGAUUUGCUUAA